GCUUUGCCGUCUCCGCCCCCGCCUCACGUGACUACCCGAGGAGCUCCCCCUUGGUCACGUGCUCGGAGACUGGAAGCUUCAGGAAGUACGUCCAGAAGGAGGUCUGUGGAUGUUCUCAGGGCCCCGUUGGGGGAGGGGGGAAACCCGACCGAGCGGUGAGAGGAGGAGGCGGAGGAGGACUGUACGAGGCUCCCGAGGCGGAGAAGACGAGAGGGGGGGAGAGGCUGGACUCGUCUCCAGCGGAGGCCUCCCGCGGUUUCUGAAGAAGGCCGGAGAGGAUCAUUUCUUCCUUGACGGAGCGUCUACCCACAGAGAGUCGCCAAGAUAGCUGGCCCAGGUAGAAAACGUCGAACCCCUGACCCAGACACCGUUACAGACCCUGGGGGCCCCUUUGUUUUCAUCAAGCGGCAGAAGAUGUCCCAUCCUGCCGAGGGCGCCGGGCAGAGAAGGGUGACGCGUGGAUCCGAAGAUGCCGUCAACAGAAAGAAGCAGAAAGAUCGCAUCAACCAGGAAAGCAAAGAAGGCAAGAUGGUGUCCGGCGGUGAAACCAAGAAAGAAAUUAUGAUUGAUUGGAAGCAGAACUCUGAGGAAAUUAUCAUUAAACUGAACACCGGUCCGGGAGCUUUAAUCGUGGAGGAUGUCAAGACAGCAUUUACAGACACUGACUGUGUCAUCAAUUUCCCAGAGGGCAGUCAGUGGAAUUGUCACUUCCAUGAAGAGAUCGAAGGAUCCUGCAGUAAGAUUCAGUAUAAAGAGAAAGGGAACUUCCUGCAAGUCAUCCUGCAGAAGAAAAUUCCUAUGAACAAGUGGCCCAGCCUCCAGAAAAAGAAGAAAGAUGUGGUUAAAGAGCAAGGGAAGCAAACUACAAUAAAAGAAAACCGCAAAGCAAAAGGACCUUCAAAAUUAUCUGCAUCUGAAAAGAAUCCGACCCAACCGGCUGGCAACUCUGAGAUGAAAAAGAUCAAAUCUGAGCAGAAGAGCGCCAAGCGAGGCCAGGAAUCGGUGGAAGUCCCCACCAGAGGGAAGGGCCAUGUCGCAAGAAAAAGUGAAGCCAGCGUAGCCACCCCGAGCGGGUCACAGAUUAGAAAAGCCUCGCCCCAUAAACCCGUUUCCACAGUCCCUGCACGGGACGCCAGCCCUCGCAGUCACAGAACUGUCAGCCUAGAGGAUUCUACAAAGUGUGUGAAAAGUAAAGGGCUGGGCAAAGUUCCUGAGCGGACUCAAGCCGGGGAUAGCUCAGUACUAAUAACACCGGCAAGUCCCCUCAGAGAUACUCAGAAUGCUGCAGGGGACAAGGCUCCUGCAUGUGACCAAGAGAUGAUUCCUCUUCCUGAUAUGCAGCCAGUGCCCCCGUCAGUCUCUCAGAUGGUACAGCCUGGGUGCUCCGCCACACCAAGUAACCGGAUAGAGGAGGAUAUGGCUUCAGGUGCAAUUGUCCCGUCGAAAGAGUUGGCCGCUACAGUUUCGGAGCAAGUCCUGGAGCGUCGGCAGGAAGUCCCAAAACCACCCGAGAUUCUUCAUGAUCAGGAAACAUUUGUAGAUUCCUCGAUAGUUCCAGCAACACAAGAGGAGCUUCAGCUUCCAGGGAAAGCACCUGAAAAUCUGACGGUUCCUAACGGGGGCUGCAGCCUGGAGGAUGGCAGAGAAGAAGCUGAGCCUUAUGUGAACCUGACCUUCGUGAAGAAUGACCACUACGAGAAGGGGAACGACACGGUCGUCGUGCAUGUUUAUGUCAAGCAGAUCUGCAAGGACACCUCUCGGGUGCUGUUUCGGGAGCAAGAUUUCACUCUGAUCUUCAAGACUAGCGAUCCCAACUUUCUAAGGCUCCACCCCGGUUGUGGUCCUAGCCAAGUCUUCAGAUGGCAGGUGAAACUCAGGAACCUUAUAGAGCCAGAUUUGUGCAGAUUCAACUUCACAGGCUCUCGAAUUGAUAUCUCCCUACAGAAGAAACAGUGCCAGAGAUGGGGAGGCCUUGAGGCACCAACCACACAAGGUGCAGUGGGUGGUGCAAAGGUCGCAAUGCCUGCCAGUCCUGCCACCCUCGAUAAAGCACAGCCGGGAAGUAACCAGCAUGCUCUGUCCAGCAAAGAGGAGGCCAGAGGCGUGGAGAAGGAGAAGCCCCGUGUAGAAGAGGCCAGUCUGGAGAAGGUUGCACCAAGAACACCAGCUGAUCACAUCUCUGUAAAAUCAGAGCCACUUCUGCCCUCUCCCAAACCAACGUGCAUGGUCCCUCCUAUGACGCACAGCGCCAUCAGCAGCGACAGCGCACAGGAAGAAGAGGAGAAGAGAGUCUGCCUGCCAGGUUUUACUGGUCUGGUUAAUCUGGGAAACACUUGCUUCAUGAACAGCGUUAUCCAGUCUCUGUCCAACACGCGGGAGCUUAGGGACUAUUUCCAAGAUCAUUCAUUUGAGUCGGAGAUCAACUGCAACAACCCUCUAGGGACCGGCGGCCGUCUUGCAGUGAGCUUUGCUGUGUUGUUAAGAGCUCUGUGGAAGGGAACACAUCACGCCUUCCAGCCAUCUAAACUCAAGGCAAUCGUUGCAAGCAAAGCCAGCCAGUUCACAGGUUAUGCCCAGCAUGAUGCCCAGGAGUUUAUGGCCUUCCUCCUGGAUGGGCUUCAUGAAGAUCUAAACAGGAUUCAGAACAAGCCGUACACUGAGACUGUGGAUUCAGAUGGAAGGCCAGAUGAGGAGGUCGCUGAUGAGGCCUGGCUGCGGCAUAAGAUGAGGAAUGACUCCUUUGUGGUCGACCUUUUCCAGGGCCAGUAUAAAUCUAAGCUGGUUUGUCCUGUCUGUGCGAAGGUGUCUAUUACAUUUGAUCCCUUCCUGUACCUACCAGUGCCCUUACCCCAGAAGCAGAAGGUUCUCACUGUCUACUAUUUUGCAAAAGAGCCCCAUAAGAAACCCUUAAAGUUUCUGGUCAGUAUCAGUAAAGAGAACUCCAGCGCUUCAGAUGUCCUCGAGUCCAUCUCUCAGAGUGUGAGAGUUAAGAUGGAAAACCUGAGGUUAGCCGAGGUAGCGAAACACCGAUUCCACCGCAUGUUCAGGCCGUCUUGCUCUGUGGACUCUGUCUCUCCAUCAGAUGUACUCCUGUGUUUUGAGGUUCUGUCCCCAGAACUUGCCAAGGAGCAUGUCCUCGUACUUCAGGUCCAGCAGCGCCCCCAGAUUCCCAGCAUCCCAAUCACCAAAUGUUCCGCAUGUCAGAAGAAACAGCUGUCCGAAGAGGAGAAAUUAAAGCGGUGUACCCGGUGCUAUCGGGUUGGAUAUUGCAACCAGGCCUGCCAGAAAACUCACUGGCCUGAACAUAAAAUUGCUUGCCGACCUGAAAACAUCGGCUAUCCAUUCUUAAUCAGCGUCCCAGAGUCUCGUCUGACCUACACCCGCCUGGCACAGCUCCUCGAGGGUUAUGCAAGGUAUUCAGUAAACGUGUUCCAGCCUCCCUUCCUCCCCGGCAGAAUGUCCCCUGAACAGCCUCCACAACCACUAAAUGCAGACAAGGCCGAGUCCUCCAUGGCGCAGUCUGGUUGCACAUACCAAGGAGAGCCACAAGAGGAUGACAGAGUCUCGGCGCAGCCGUCCCUGGGCUCUUCUCCCUGCCACACAGCACAGAUGGAGGCGGAGGGAGAGGACGGUGCGCAGGGGAAGAUGUGCGCAGACAGGCACUCAUUCGUCAGCACAGACUCUGGGUUUUCUGAGCAAGCCACAGACACUUUAAGGGAAUUUGAUUCGGGGGGAGAAAAAGAAACCACUUAUGAAAAAUCUGUUAAACCUGAAGCUGCUGUCCCUGGUUACCAACAGUCGGUGGAGCUUUCCAGUUCCCACGCUGCUCUGUUUUUCAUCUACCAUAUCGACUCCGCGGGAAGAGAGGUGAAGCUGGAAGACAAAGGUGACUGUGUCCUGGACCUGUCUGAUGACAGCUCUCUGGCACUGGUUUGGAAGAACAAUGACCGCAUAAAGGAGUUUGUGCUGGUGGAAUCGAAGGAUCUGGAAUGCGAUGAGGAUCCGUCAUCUGCCAGUGAAGCUGCUAGAGUUGGUCUGUUCACCUUGGAGCAGUGUCUCAACCUCUUCACCAAGCCUGAGGUCCUGGCCCCAGAAGAAGCCUGGUAUUGUCCUAAAUGUAAUCAGCAUAGAGAGGCCUCAAAGCAGUUGAUGCUGUGGAGGCUUCCGAACAUCCUGAUCAUCCAGCUGAAACGCUUCUCUUUCCGAACGUUUAUCUGGAGGGACAAAAUAAAUGACUUGGUGGAUUUCCCUGUCAGAGGGCUGGAUCUAACGACAUUCUGCAUUGGGCAAAAGGAAGAUCACCAGAGGCCUAUCUAUGACCUCUAUGCAGUCAUUAAUCAUUAUGGAGGAAUGAUUGGGGGACACUACACGGCCUAUGCCAGACUCCCCAAUGAGAAAAAUAGUCAGCGGAGUGAUGUAGGCUGGAGGCUUUUUGAUGACAGCACAGUGACCUCGGUGGACGAGAGCCAAGUGGUGACACGAUACGCAUAUGUACUCUUUUAUCGGCGGAGGAACUCUCCUGUGGAGAGACCCGUACGGGGGCACGCCGCAAAUCGUAGAGCCGACACCGGAGCAUCUGCUGAUGGAGCGACGAGUCAGGGAGUCGGCACCAUGACUUACGGGCCCAACUUAAACUCUGAGGAAACCUCCCAAGUGACUGCAGAAGCCGUUUCCGAUCUUUAUCCGCACUCGGCAGAGCCUGCGCAAUCCUACAGCAACAUGGAAGAUGUUGAUUAGCAGACAUUUGGGAAGAGCGUGUUUUUUUUUUUCCCCCCCCCCCACACCCCUGUGUGUUUGUAACAUUGACUAUGUGCUGACAGUGGUUGUAUAUAGCUGCUAAAAAUUAAUUUUGUUCAAUAUUUUAUGUUUUUUUUUUUUUAAAUGGGGAGAUGUUAUGGCUCCUUUUUUUUGGCGUCACCAUAAGCUAACUCCCACCGGUUUAUUGUCUUGAACCCACACGGCAUCCAAAGAACGGCAUGGUUCUCUGCGCCGCUGCUGGGGGUUUACCGCACCCAUGCACCUUUCUUGUAUUAUGAUUUUGGACAUUUCUCUCCCCCCCCCCCCCCCCCUCCCCCUUUCCUAGUUAUUUGCAGUAUGUACAGGUUUCCCCCCCCCUGAUGAGUGUGGAUGACCACUCGUCACACAGUUCUGUAGCAAAUCCUUGACGCUAAAACUGCACUCGCCGUACCCACAGUGUAUUGAAGUGUAUUAUCGAAGAUUCUAUCUAUACAUCUGAAUGCGGAGCUCCUUGAGGACGACGUAAGAACCACUGCGCUCAGAUCGAGGAGACUGUAAACAUGUGCUAUUCAGAAUGUACCUGACAAAUAAAUUCAUUAAAAGUUAUGUACAUAUAUACAUUUUGUUGCUUUUAAAGAGUAUAAAUAAUCGCUGGUUAUGUAACAUGUU